AUGAAUACGUUCGUGGUAACCGGGGAUUUGCUAGAUUUCACGGAUUACAAAGGACCAUUGACGUCCUCUGAAGGGAAAGAGAACCAAAAGCCUUAUCUCUCAACGUCAGCAUUCCCUAACCCAAGGGUCUUGUCAACUCCUUCAAAAACGACAAUGAUGGUCAUACCAGUAAGCCAGCACAAAUUGAUAAAGAUAAGGCGAAUCAAUCGUCAGAAGCUGACCCGUCUUGCCUUCUACUGCUCACUGGGCGCAUGCAUUAACAACGGCAUCAGUAGCUCCACGAAUAACUGGCUGUACACGUCUGAAGUACUAAAAUAUUACGUGUCCCCGAACAACACUCAAGGAUAUGACGAUUCACAGCCUCAACGACCAAGUGUCUACUUCAAAAACGCCUCCUUGGGACCGUGGCACAGUGAAAACCCUAUUCAAUAUCCCAGUUCAGAAUCGAUCAGGCGUGCGUUCGUCAUCAUGAUGAUAGGCAUGGUACUAGAUGUCGCCGGACUGAUUAUGGCCAUCAUUUGCAAUGUGCUGCCAAACCCAUACAGCUCUCUGUUCGUCUCCACCGUCAUCCACAUCAAUGCAGGCAUAGUAAACUUCCUUUGCAUAAUCGUCUUCAUGUCUGCGGUGUCAAAGGAAGUGGGGAACAAGAUCCAUCCGGCCAGCGAAAUGGAUGAUCCUCUGUUUCAUUUCGAAUACGGAUUCUCAUUCAUUCUGCUCAAGAGCUCAUUUCUACUCACUGAACUCGCGGCGCUCUUCUCAAUCGUCGUCUACAUGGCCAAACGAGACGAACGCACAUUCAAUCGAUACAAAAUUCGGAGUCUUCUGAAUUUCAGCGUAAGAAACUACGCCAGAAGCCGGUCAAUGAUCAAUGAAAAUGAAGAUGUGAAACUCUAA